AUGACUGUGAAACGACACGAACAUCUGAGACUUGCUCCUAGCUGCCCCGGUGUGACGACCCUGAGAGGCCCUUCUGCUGCUGAGGCCUCCAGGGACCCAAAGGAGCUGCUCCUGUGGACUGAGGACUGUCGCGGGGUGUGUGCAGCUGUGACUCAGGGACCCCCAGAAGUCCCCCUGCCUCAGGGACCCCCAGGAGCCUCAGAGCAUGUACUUGCAGCCAUUGUUCCCUCCUCCACCUCUCGCUGUGGUCACUUGGAGUCGCAGGGUUGUCUGCACACGUCGUCCGGGAUUGUGACAUGUGACAUCACAGAGCGUGACAUCACAGAGCGCCCCGUCGCAGGUGGAGGAGCCUGA